AUGCGGAGAAACGACCAAGACAUGAUGGGCUCGCCGACGACACCACCGAAGAUCAAGAAUCAUCAGUCUAUUGAAGUUCAAUGGGAUGAGGAGGAGAAUUCUGUCGAGAUCCCCGACUUCCACUUUGAUUGGGGAUUGAGGAGGAAUCAACAGAAAGAGAAGCCCCACGAGGUGUUCACAACGCCUCCAAUCAAUGACAGGGCCCUUCUCUUGCAACAGAGUGCAAACUCAAGCCUGGAAUCUUCGGUUGGAAGUAGCAGGGGCUUUCCCCGAUCCGAAAUAAGCGCUCGUUCUGCAGCGAAUUCGCUUCCAACGCCUCCCGAUGAGUUACGAACGGCCCUCGGGCGACGAACUGUGCUUGAAGAGGAAGAGACGUCGUUGGGUUUACGAUCGCGGGGUUCUCGCGUUGUCUCCGAACCUCUGCUAGCUGGAAGUGCUUCAGGACAUCCGGGCAGGAUAAAACCCGCCAUCAACUACACGACCCCAGGACUCGCGCAAAGGACUAUGGGAGCUUCCCUCGCUUCCGAAUCACGACUUUCUCGCUUUGGUGGACCCGCCCGACGAGUUGUUUCGGCACCAGAUGAGGAUGAACAGGAAGAGGAGGGCCCGGUACCUAAUGCGCCGAUGAGCCCCAUGUCUGAUGAGCAUCCUCUCCCUUGCGCCCAUGCUCCAGCUUCAGAUAGACAACAAUCAGCAUUGGCGCACCCCCAUACCGUCGACCACGACCCCGCAACGAUAUCGGCCCCUCCUCCUCUUGCUCCGCCAUCACCACCUCUGUCUAAAUCCACGCGCGCCUCCCCUCCUCCUCUUACAGACACUGGGAGGGACAACUGGCUUUCCUCUCACCCCAAAGCAGCAGACACUGCGAAACGGAAAGUGGACGAUCCGGAACCAUGGCCCCAUCCCCAGCUCCCAUCCGUGGCCAACCGGCCUGCACCAGAGGUGCGACCACUGCGAGCAUCCCGGCCGGCGCCUGCCGUAUCCUCUGUUCAUAUCCAAGAACAUGUGCCUGCGCCACCCCCACAAAAUCACUCUCCGCAACUCGCGCAGCAAAGCUGGGGUCAUUCUCAUCAGGAACAGGCCGCGAAAACCCAACCGCCGGCGCCUCCGCAGGCCGUCCCGAAGCGAUCGUUUCUCGUCAAUGGUGCACCCUACGAACGUCUAGGAUUGCUCGGCAAAGGAGGAUCUUCCAAGGUGUACUCGGUUCUCUGUCCCACAAAACGCAUUAUCUACGCCCUCAAGCGAGUAGCGUUGGACCGAGCCGAUCCCGAAACGUACCAGAGCUACACAAACGAAAUUGAGCUGCUGAGAAGGCUGCGAGGGCACGACCGCAUCAUUCAGCUGAUCGAUCACCAAAUCACGUUUUCUCAGAACAACCGACCAAAAAUGCUGAUGAUGGUGAUGGAGUGUGGCGAGAUCGACUUUGCGGCUCUGUUGGAAGAACAGCGAGGAAAACCGCUCAACAUGAACUUCGUCGGCAUGUAUUGGGAGCAGAUGUUGGAGGCGGUCCAGGCAGUGCACGCCGAGAACGUGGUUCAUACCGACCUCAAGCCUGCGAACUUUGUCCUUGUGAAGGGUCGACUGAAGAUCAUCGACUUCGGCAUCGCCAAAGCAAUUGCAAAUGACACGGUCAACAUUCAGCGUGAUCAGCAGAUCGGCACUGUGAACUACAUGUCUCCGGAGGCAAUCCAGCGCAUGAACAACCAAAAGGUUCUGAAGCUGUCGUACCCGUCGGACGUAUGGUCUCUCGGCUGCAUCCUGUACCAGAUGAUAUACGGGACGCCGCCGUUCCAUUACGUUCCCGGAGGUCCGUUGGCCAAAAUGAAUGCCAUCGCCGAUCGGUCGCACCGCAUCGAAUACCCGUCUACGAGCUCGCCGCGCGCAAGCAGUGCCCAGUCGCCACCCCAUUCCCCCGUCACUGUCCCACCAUCGGCCAUUGCGGCGAUGCGCAGCUGUCUCGAGUACGACAAGGAGCGGCGCAUGACGAUUCCGCAACUGCUCCGCGACGAGUUUCUGUCGCCCAUCAGACGAGAGAUGCCCCCAGAAGCGACCUCGAUCACGAAAGAGCAGAUGUUGGUGCUUGUGAACUAUGUGCUGAGCUCGCGCACGAAGCAGCCUCCGGAGCCUAGUCACGAGAUUGCUAAUGGUUUGUUCACCCAGCUCGAGGAGCAGAACGCCCUAUCCCAGUCAUAG